AUGCCGUGCGGCGGCCUGGCUCGCGGCUGGCAACUUUCACCGCGGCCCGCCUUACGUAAGGACGUUGCGCCAGAGCGGCCGCGCUUGCGCCCUGCGGAACCACUGACCCAGUGCCACAGAGGCACCGGCCACCCCACUACCCGACAUCCAUCCCAUAGAACGUUCUCAAACGUUGCGUUACGUUAUGACGCGCAAGUUGUGCGCGUACGAAACCCCAGUUCGCGGCUCGCAGGUAGGGCUGUGGGUUUCCUCGAG